UAGGAAGUUUGAAGAGUCGAUGAUGCAAAAAUAUCCUGGUAUUGACCUACAUGAUAUUUGGAGCAAGUUUUCACAUGAAUUUUCCAAAUGGUUUCAGGAUUUUGUUAUCGAAUCUAAUGAGACUGAUGAAGUGAUUCGAGCACUUGCCAUGGGUCCGUCUAGACAAGUCAAAACAUGGAGGCAAUUUGACAUCAAUGGCUUUAAGUUUCACACUUUUGAUUAUGGAAAGCACAAGGCAACUAUGAAUUAUGGUGUGGUGUAAUAAGUGAGGAGGAAAUUGAUUACUUCGGCAUUUUAGAAGUCAUUGAGCUGGUCUACUUGGGGACCGUAAAUGUCUUCAAAACUGUCUUGUUUAAAUGUAAUUGGAUGGAUUCAGUGAAUGGCAUGAAUAUUCAUGAGCAGUAUAGAUUAGUUGAUGUAAACCACUCUAAGAAAUACCCUGCAUAUGAUCCUUUUGUUCUAGCACAUCAGGUUUAUCAAGUGUAUUUUACCUCUUAUCCAAGCUUAAAGAAAGAUAAGAGUCAAUGGUGGGCUGUUUUUAAGACUAAAGCUAGGUCAAGUGUGGAUGCUCCAAUCGAUGAGUCAAUUUUCCAAGUAGACAUUGCUGAGACCCCAACCCUUUGUUCGUCGGAUGAUGAUGAUGGUGUUAUGUACGAGGAUAUGGAUGAAAUGGAGGAGGACGGCUCAGGUGGUGAAGAGGAAGAACAACAUGAAGAAGAUGAAUGGGAAGAUACUGAAUCUGAAUCUGAAGAAGAGGUUGAUGGAGAGAUAGGAUAUACUGAUAGCGAUGACGAGGAUGAUGAUGAUGAUGAUGUGGAUGAAGAAGAAGAAUAAUUUCUAAGCUUGUAGUUUUCAAUGUGUUUUCUUUGUUAUGGGCUUAUUUGUUUGAUAGACAAUGUGUUUAUCUUAUUUGUUUGAUAUAUGAUAAAUGUUUUAAAAUUUGUUGAUCA